CUUACCUAAAAAGAUUAUUUCACAGAAAGUUCAUCAUUUUAUGUGAAUGAUGUUACAGGGAAGGCAUUCCAUUACCCCUUGGAUAAAGGCCUUUAUUUACCAAGCAGAAUGCCUGCUUCCAACAUCAGUGAUGACAGUCUCCCAGGCACACUCAUCCUGACGGGCAUCCCAGGGCUGGAGUGGGCCCACGUCUGGAUCGCCAUCCCCUUCUGCGCCAUGUAUCUGGUAGCGCUGGCUGGGAAUGCUGCCCUCAUCCUGGUCAUUGUGACAGACAGUGCUCUUCAUGCACCCAUGUACCUCUUCCUGUGCCUUCUCUCACUCACCGAUCUGGCUCUCAGCUCUGUCACUGUGCCCAAGAUGCUGGCCAUUUUGUGGCUUCAUGCUGGAGAGAUUUCCUUUGGUGGAUGCCUGGCCCAGAUGUUUUGUGUCCAUUCUAUCUGUACCCUGGAGUCUUUAGUUCUUCUUGCCAUGGCCUUUGAUCGCUACGUGGCAAUCUGCAACCCACUGAGAUACACAACCAUUCUCAACCAUACAGUCAUAGGCAAAAUUGGCCUUGCUGGGCUGUGCCGUAGUGUGGCCAUUGUGUCCCCGUUCAUCUUCUUGUUGAGGCGACUGCCUUACUGUGGUCACCAUGUCAUGGCCCACACAUACUGUGAGCACAUGGGCAUCGCUCGCCUGGCCUGUGCCAACAUCACUGUCAAUAUUGUCUAUGGGCUGACUGUGGCCCUGCUGGCCAUGGGUCUGGAUGCCAUCCUCAUUGCCAUUUCCUACGGCUUUAUCCUGCAUGCUGUCUUCCGCCUUCCAUCUCAAGAUGCCAGGCACAAGGCUCUGAGUACCUGUGGCUCCCACCUGGGGGUCAUCCUGGUCUUCUACAUUCCUGCCUUCUUCUCCUUCCUCACCCACCGCUUUGGCCAGCACCGAGUCCCCAAGAAUGUGCACAUUUUUCUGGCCAACCUGUACGUGCUGGUGCCUCCUGUGCUCAACCCGAUCAUCUAUGGGGCUAGGACCAAGGAGAUUCGGAGCCGACUUCUGAGGCUGCUACAUAUGAGGAAGGUCUCAUUGUGAGUUCUGACCAGUGGUUGGAGAUGACAAGACUGCUAAAUAGACCUGAUAAUUGUCUGGAUGCAUGUGUAUGUAUGGAAGCCUUUGAUGUGAGAAGGAUAAUAACUUGUAAGGAAGCACUGGAAAAAAGGGAAUGGCCAGAAUAUUUGGACAUGUUAAGGAUUACACUGAAUAUCCCCCUUUAGCAAUUCUGAAUUGCCGAGAAUGAGAUUAUUUUUUCUGUCAUCUAAACAGGGAGUAUAAUUUACCAGGAAGCAAUGCAUCUCUAUCUGUAGUUCACACUGCUUCUCAUUAUAGAAAUAUUCUACUGGGCAAUGAAGUAGAAUAACAACAAA